AUUACACUACAAACAGCAACAAUCACUAAAACUAAAACCUCCCUAUUAUUCUUGGUACUCUCAUCAAACCCACCCUUUCUUCUUGGCAUGGCGCCACCAGCCACCUCUCUAGUGUUUACAGUAAGAAGGUGCAAACCAGAACUGGUUGCUCCUGCUAAGCCCACACCACAUGAAUUCAAACAACUUUCUGAUAUUGAUGACCAAGAGGGUCUUCGAUUUCAAAUCCCAGUCAUACAGUUCUAUAAAUAUGAUCCCUUAAUGCAAGGCAGAGACCCUGUGAGAGUCAUUAGAGAAGCACUUGCAAAAACACUCGUGUUUUACUACCCACUUGCUGGUAGGCUUAGGGAAGGACCUGGCCGAAAGCUUGUAGUAGAAUGUACUGGUGAGGGUAUCGUGUUUAUUGAGGCCGAUGCUGAUGUUACACUUGAACAGUUUGGUGAUGCACUUCAACCACCAUUUCCAUGCUGGGAGGAGCUCCUUUUUGAUGUUCCUGGCUCUGGAGAGGUCCUUAAUUGCCCAUUAUUGCUUAUUCAGGUGACGCGCCUUAAGUGCGGUGGUUUCAUCUUCGCCCUACGUCUCAACCACACAAUGAGCGAUGCAGCCGGAUUAGUCCAAUUCAUGAGCGCUGUGGGCGAGAUAGCGCGUGGUGCAAGCUCCCCAUCCAUUUUACCAGUAUGGCAAAGACGUCUCCUUGACGCGCGUGACCCACCGCGUGUAACAUUCGCGCACCGUGAAUACGACGAAGUUGCUGACACAAAGGGCACACUUAUUCCUCUCGACGACAUGUCGCACAAGUCCUUCUUCUUUGGACCCACCGAAGUUUCUGCACUCCGUAAAUUUGUGCCACACCACCUAAGCAAAUGCUCCACAUUUGAGUUACUCACAGCUUGUCUAUGGCGUUGUCGCACCAUAGCUAUCCAACCCGACCCGAACGAGGAGGUCCGCAUUAUUUGCAUAGUUGACGCACGUUCGAAAUUUAACCCUCCUUUACCAACCGGUUAUUACGGUAAUGGCUUUGCAUUUCCAGUGGCAGUUACAACUACUGAGAAACUAUGUAAAAAUCCAUUGAGUUACGCUUUGGAAUUGGUAAAGAAAGCAAAGAACGAGGUAAAUGAGGAGUACAUGCGAUCGGUGGCUGAUACGAUGGUGAUUAGGGGUAGGCCCCACUUCACUGUGGUGAGGGCCUACCUUGUGUCAGAUUUGACACGUGCCGGGUUUAAAGAUGUGGAUUUUGGGUGGGGCAAACCGGUUUAUGGUGGGGCAGCCAAAGGUGGGGUUGGGGCUAUUCCUGGUGUGGCUAGCUUUUUAAUUCCAUUCAAGAACAAUAUGGGAGAAGAUGGGAUUGUUGUCCCAAUUUGCUUGCCAGCUCCAGCUAUGGAAAUAUUCGUAAAGGAGUUGGAUGGAUUAUUGAAGGGCCAGCCAGAGAUUGACAAUUCCAAGUUUAUUGUCUCUAGCCUGUAAAAUGUAAAUCCAAUUUAUCAUUGCUUGUUGUGCAUGUGAGAGAGAGAGAGAGAGAGAGAGACUCAAUGUGUGUGUUGGGCUCCUUUGUAAAAAUUAAUAAAUUAAUAAAAGUGAUUGUGGUUUCCGGUUUAAA